CCCGGGAGUCAGAAAGGCGAGGGGCGCCGGGAGCAGGCGUGUGGGACUCCAGACCGGAGAGCCGGAGGCUGCGCCUUCCCCGCACCGGGACCUUCACGACACACCACAGACUAUUCCUUGCCCCGUGCGAACGCCCACGAUGACCACCACCCUCGUGUCUGCCACCAUCUUCGACUUGAGCGAAGUUUUAUGCAAGGGUAACAAGAUGCUCAACUACAGCACUCCCAGUGCUGGGGGCUGCCUGCUGGACAGGAAGGCAGUGGGCACCCCUGCUGGCGGGGGCUUCCCUCGGAGGCACUCGGUCACUCUGCCCAGCUCCAAGUUCCAUCAGAACCAACUUCUCAGCAGCCUUAAGGGCGAGCCGGCCCCGUCCCUGAGCUCCCGCGACAGCCGCUUUCGAGAUCGCUCUUUCUCUGAAGGGGGCGAGCGGCUUCUGCCCUCCCAGAAGCAGCCUGGGAGCGGCCAGGUCAACUCCAGCCGCUACAAGACGGAGCUCUGCCGCCCCUUCGAAGAAAACGGUGCCUGUAAGUACGGGGACAAGUGCCAGUUCGCGCACGGCAUCCACGAGCUCCGCAGCCUGACCCGCCACCCCAAGUACAAGACGGAGCUUUGCCGCACCUUCCACACCAUCGGCUUUUGCCCGUACGGGCCCCGCUGCCACUUCAUUCACAACGCCGAGGAGCGCCGCGCCCUGGCCGGGGGCCGGGACCUCUCCGCUGACCGUCCCCGCCUCCAGCAUAGCUUUAGCUUUGCUGGGUUUCCCAGUGCCGCUGCCACCGCCGCUGCCACGGGGCUGCUGGACAGCCCCACGUCUAUCACCCCACCCCCCAUCCUGAGCGCGGAUGACCUCCUGGGCUCACCUACCCUGCCCGAUGGCACCAAUAACCCCUUCGCCUUUUCCAGCCAGGAGCUGGCGAGCCUCUUUGCUCCUAGCAUGGGGCUACCCGGGGGAGGCUCCCCCACCACCUUCCUCUUCCGGCCCAUGUCCGAGUCCCCUCACAUGUUUGACUCUCCCCCCAGCCCUCAGGAUUCUCUCUCGGACCAGGAGGGCUACCUGAGCAGCUCCAGCAGCAGCCACAGUGGCUCAGAUUCCCCUACCUUGGACAACUCAAGACGCCUGCCCAUUUUCAGCAGACUCUCCAUCUCAGAUGACUAAGCCAGGGUAGGGAGGGACACCCUGCCUCCUUCACCUCUCCACCCUGCACCCCAUCCCAAGCCUUCACCUCCCCACCCCCUAACUUCCCCUCAAUCCCUACAUUGAUACAUUUAAGCUCAGCCCCUUCCCCAGAACCUUGGUAUGUCGCCCCCACCCCCACCCCCAACAUAAGGACAAGUCAAUUUGUUGGUAGCUUCUUCUGGCUUGAAAUCCCCUCCCUCCAUUUCAUAGCCCACUUAAACCACGCAUAACAGAGUCCCAUAUUUGUCAGUAGAUGCCUUUUUUCGGCUUAAGCCUUAAGUGCCAAAUCACAAAAGAAAAGCAGUAACCGUUUACAGAAGCAACUUAGUGCCUUGUUAUCUAACUUUGUCACUGUGACUACAUUACCUCUUCAACGCCAGGGGGCACCCGUGGGCCUCCCAGAGCCUCUGCCCGUGGGGUUGGGGGGUGACCCGCAACCAGCAGCUCCCCCAGCUGGCGACCCAAGCGCACCUUCCUUUCAGUCUCCCUGCACACCUCCUCUUCCUUGUAGUUACCCGCCUCCCUCAGAGAAUUGUUGCUGGACUUGGGGUUUGGGGGAAACCUAUUUUGACACUCAAAACCUUUUUCAUCCCAGCCCGAACCCCUGUUGACUAAUCUUGCCUGGGUUUGUGUAGGUCUUCAGGGAGGAAGGUUGAACCAGUUGGACGAAGGUUUUGACAUAAGUGGGACUUUGUGAUUUAAUUUCUUUUUUUUUUUUUAAGUGGGGAGGAAGGGGAAACUAGAUGGACUAUGAGAGACUUGAUUUUGGUGCUAAAGUUCCCCAAUUCAUAUGUGACAUCUUAAAAAUGACGACAAAAUGAGAAAAGCUGAA